CUCUAUCAUCCAGUAGAAGUGAUUGGCGCACAGACGGACCUAUAAAUAGAAGCAUCCCGCCUAAGCUCCUCCGCACUUUUAGCGGCUUAUCAACCGAGACAUAACUCAUUCCCUGAUUAGUAUGAUUGAUUGACUGGAGCAAGGAUGCAUACCUCAAAAUAGACCACGGUUGUACAUCUUAUCCAAAGGUGCUAGGUAAAUCGAGGUGAAAGACUCUGCAUGCCGCCGCUAGUCUGGAGUCAUAUGAUUGUCCAUUUCAUCUAAUAAUGUAGCAUUGGCGCAAGACUAACGCGACCCCUAAUUCUUCGAGUACAUAACCUCACCCCAUCGGUCCAAGCUCUAUUGCGCCGUGUUUUGUGUUGGACGAGGAAAUAACUAGCUAAUAGUACUCGCUUCUAUAUGGGAAAUUCAUAGCGCAGUCCUUCACUUCAAUAGAGCAUCCCAUCACAGUUAUCCUCUACACAAUAUCACAAACAUAAAUAUCCCGCCUCAACCUUCCCUCAGUGACAGCAUAUGCAAAAUUAACCACAGAUUAUCCAAAAUGCCUUCUAAAUCCAAAUCCAAGUCUCCCUACAAGUUCUCCUACACAGACGCAAUCCAAGGCAAAGAACUUUAUAAUUACUUCGGUAAUCGGGUUCUCGAGUCAAGAGCAUCUGGUGGCCGAGUUGUCGCAGUCAAAGUCAAGCCAGUUCGUGGUUUCGCACGAUCCGAGGCCAACAUGAUGCAUUAUGCUUCACAGCAACCUGGAAUCUUAGCACCACAGGUUCUAGGCUGCUACGAUGUUGAUCCCGGAAUCACCGUGACCGUGUCAGAUCUCAUCGAGGGCCAGUCACUAGACAACGUCUGGCAUACCAUGACUAAGGCCGAACGAAAGUCCAUAAAAGAACAGCUCAAGGAGCAACUACGUCUCUUCCGGCAGUGCACACAACCGUACAUUGGUCGUAUAUUCCGAGAGGAGACGCGAAACUUCUAUGACCGCAUCCACUUUCAUUUCAUGGGGCCUUUUGCGUCCGAAGAGGAGUUCGAUAGUUGGUGUCUUGAGAGGGUGAAAUCACCCACUGCGAAGAAGAUAUGGGCACGGCUUCUGCCUGGGAUGCGUGGAACUGGAGAACAGAAGUUUGUGCUGACGCAUGGAGACUUGGCUGCGCGGAAUAUCAUGGUGAAAGAUGGCAAGAUCACUGGAAUAGUAGAUUGGGAGUAUAGUGGGUUCUUCCCCGAGUACAUGGAGUAUGCAAUGGCGACUGUGAUUCAUGAUUGUCAGGAAGAUUGGUGGAAGCCGCAUCUGAAGGAGAUUCUGGAGCCUUGUGGGUAUAAGAGGGCGAAGUUUACAGCUGCAAUCAAGUGGAGAGGGUGGUGAAGUUCGGAUGGGGCUGACCCAAG